AUGAAAGAAAAAUCAAACUUGAAAACUGGGUGUUUGGAAAAUUUUGUAUUUCCACAAUGGUUCUAUGCAGAUUUCUCAGUGGAUUUUACACAGAAAAAAAUUCCUGAUGUAGGAACUGGCGAAGAAACUUCAACAAAUCCAAUUGCUUCAAUUUUUGCUUGGACAAGAGGGUUGGCUCACAGAGCUAGGCUAGAUGGAAAUGAUAAAUUAUUAAAAUUUUCCACGGAUCUUGAACAAGCUUGUAAUGACACUGUUGAUGUUCAUGGUAAAAUGACUAAAGAUUUAGCAUUAUCAAUUCAUGGAAAAAAGUAA